GCGAGCGUGUGUGACUGUGGGUGUCUGGCAAGAAUGAUGUCCGACGCGUUGCUCCUGGACCGGUGGAGGACGUGGGGGAGGGGUCUCCCAGGCUUUUUAGGGGAAGGGAGUCGUGUCCCCUCCCGGGGAUGCCGGGGUUUGAAAGAGGGGCAAUGGCUUAGGGAAGCUGGGGCCCGAGUACACUCGAGUCCAAUCCACGCUACCUUUGUCUUGGGGUGUGGAGUGUGUUGUGCGACUUGUGUAUUGCUUUUUUGUUUUCCGGCUGAAUGUGUGGGUAUGUGUGUGAUUUCUUUUAUUCUGCACUACCUCCGUGACUAUUUGGGUCUCUGAGUGUGUGCACAUGUCUGGUGAAGCUCCGGGCUUUGGAUAGGGAGGUGCGGAUGACAUGGGCAGACCUGACUGUCCCUCUGUUUCCAAGGCGUGUAGCUGUGUUUGGGAAUGUGUUUUAAAUUUGGGUUUCUGUUUUGCCCGGGUGUGAAUGCGUGUAUGUGUACCUGUGCAGAUCUCUGUGAUUUCUUUGUAUCAUUGUGUGUUUGACAUAGUGUCUUUGGAUAGAUGUGUAAGCGCAUAUGUAACUGUUUCUGGAGUCCCUGUCUUUGGACACUGUCUGACUGUUGCGAUGUGUGUGUGUAGUGUGUUUCCAUGUUGUGGGUCUUUGUGGAUAAUUUGUUUAUCUUGUGGUCUUUGGAUAUAUGAUGUGCAUAGGUAGUUCUGUGGUCUGUUUCUGAUUUGGAAUAUCUGUUCUGCAAGAGAUCGUGUGUGUGUGUGUGUGUGUGUGUGAGAGAGAGAGAGAGAGAGAGAGAGAGAGAGAGAGAGAGAGAGAGAGAGAGAGAGAAUUUGUUUGCUUCUCCUUUGUGAAUAUUGGGAUAUGUUUCUCUUUGUGUGAAUCCCGUGUGACCAUGUGCGAUUUGUUUGUUUUGGGCGUUUGGCUACGUUCAUGUGUGGAUGGGUCCCGGUGUGUCUCGGUCUGUUUCUGUAUUGUCUGCGAACACUUCUUAACCUGAGACAUAAUCAAGUUCCAGCCUCGGCGAGGACUUCUACCGGGAGGCCAUCGAGCAUUGCCGCAGCUACAACGCGCGCCUGUGCGCCGAGCGCAGCCUGCGCCUGCCCUUCCUCGACUCGCAGACCGGUGUGGCCCAGAACAACUGCUACAUCUGGAUGGAGAAGACCCACCGCGGGCCUGGUUUGGCCCCGGGACAGAUCUACACUUACCCCGCCCGCUGUUGGAGGAAGAAACGGAGACUUAACAUCCUGGAGGACCCCAGGCUGCGGCCCUGCGAGUACAAGAUCGAUUGUGAGGUACCCCUGAAGAAGGAGGGUGGCCUUCCGGAAGGGCCGGUCCUCGAGGCUCUGCUGUGUGCUGAGACAGGAGAGAAGAAGGUGGAGCUGAAGGAGGAGGAGGCCAUCAUGGACUGUCAGAAACAGCAGUUGCUGGAGUUUCCGCAUGAUCUCGAGGUAGAAGACUUGGAGGAAGACAUUCCCAGGAGGAAGAACAGGGCCAAAGGAAAGGCAUAUGGCAUUGGAGGUCUUAGGAAACGCCAGGACACCGCUUCCCUGGAGGACCGAGACAAGCCGUACGUCUGUGAUAUCUGUGGGAAGAGGUAUAAAAACCGUCCAGGGCUCAGCUACCACUACACCCACACCCACCUGGCUGAGGAGGAGGGAGAGGAGCACGCCGAGCGCCACGCCCUGCCUUUCCACCGGAAAAACAACCAUAAACAGUUUUACAAAGAAUUGGCCUGGGUCCCCGAGGCACAGAGGAAACACACAGCCAAGAAAGCGCCAGACGGCACCGUCAUCCCCAAUGGCUACUGUGACUUUUGCCUGGGGGGCUCCAAGAAGACUGGGUGUCCUGAGGACCUCAUCUCCUGUGCAGAUUGUGGGCGAUCAGGACACCCCUCAUGUUUACAGUUCACGGUGAACAUGACGGCGGCUGUGCGGACCUACCGCUGGCAGUGCAUCGAGUGCAAGUCCUGCAGCCUGUGUGGCACGUCAGAGAAUGACGGUGCCAGCUGGGCGGGUCUCACCCCCCAGGACCAGUUGCUGUUCUGUGAUGACUGCGACCGAGGUUACCACAUGUACUGCCUGAGCCCUCCCAUGGCGGAGCCCCCGGAAGGGAGCUGGAGUUGCCACCUCUGCCUGCGGCACUUGAAGGAAAAGGCCUCUGCCUACAUCACCCUCACUUAGGCCUGGCUCCGCUUCCCCGGGACCUUUGGGUGGUGCUAACUUUCCUGGCUGCAGGAGCUCCUGGCUCUUCCCACUCGGCGUCCCCAGUGGGAGGGAGAGGGUGAAGCCCGAGGGGCCAAGGCGGUCUCCCUCCGCAAGUGGAAUGUUACCCCGUGGGCGGGCGGGCGGGUCCAGUAGGGCUCCCCCUGCCCCCCUCUCCAUCCCUUGGUAAAUGGGCACCAGGGGCUUCUGCUCCCCUCAAAGCCAUACCCCGCCUCUGGGCGGGCAUAGGGGGGUAGUGGAUGCCAGCUGGGGGCACGGAAAGAGCCUUUUUCUAAAGAAAAAGACAAAAAGUAAAAAAAAGAAAAAAAAAAGAAAUUAAUAUAUACAAAGAGUCCUAUAAAGCCUGGCUGGGUGGCGGGGCACAGCUGAGUGUCUGCUGGGUACCGACUUUACCAGUUUCCUGACUGGCACCUCCCCACCCCGUUUCUGGAGUUGCAAUUGUCUCAACUCCCCAUCCGAGGUGGGUCCCAUUCCUUCCUCACACCCAGGCCAGGGGGGCCCAGUGCCCACCCACUGCCCUCUCCCAGUACCCACCGUGGAGACUGCAUGAUGUGAACCGUGGUUCUGAAACCUUCCUGCCCUCCUUGAUAGUGCCCCCUGCUCCCGCCCGCUGGUGCCCGCCAGGCCCUGGGCGUGCAGCUCGGGGAGGCCGGCGGGGCGGGGCGGGGCGGGGCAGGCGGGCGGGCGGCCGCCGCCGCUGCAGUGAGAAGCACAGAUUGCAAUGGACUCGUUUCCCCCCUCUCUUCUUAGCCCCUUCCCUGCCCGGCCAGGCCGGGCUGCCUCCUGCCCCACCUCGCUAGCCAUUUUGGGGGUGGCGAGGGGGUGUGGUUGUUUCUUGUGGUUGUGUGUGUUUGUUGUUCGGGUUCUAAAAAGGGAAAUUGAGACUGCAGGUGGGGGAGGUGGGGGGUCUGGGGGGUCUACCCCCAGCCCAGGAGUGCCCCCCUGCCACCGAGUCUCCUUUAUUGCCUGCCUCUGCUGUGAAUUAACUUGUUCUGUGUAUUAAACUGGGCCUGACCCCUCUA